AAGCCAACUCCCUUUCGCAAUUUCGAAAUUCGAAACCCACGCUAAAUACGACACGCCGGUUGCCAGCGCAGAAGUAACCCGAGGAAGAAGAAGACGACGACGAAGAAGCCAAGCGGCCGCAACCUCGCAGCCAUGGCGCGGUGCAGCAACGGCCUCCUCGGCCUCCUCAACGCCGGCGUGCUGGUCCUCGCCGUGGUGGUGCUGGGCGGCGGGAUCUGGCUCAGCAACCGCGCCGCCACCACUGACUGCGAGCGGUUCAUGGAGCGCCCCGUCGUCGCGCUGGGCGUGCUCCUCCUUGCGCUCUCCCUCGCCGGCCUCGCCGGCGCGCUCUGCGGCGCCUCCUGCCUCCUGUGGCUCUACCUCCUCGCGCUCUUCCUCCUCAUCCUCGCCCUCUUCGUCUUCACCGUCUUCGCCUUCGUCGUCACCAACCGCGGCGCCGGCUGGGUCGUCUCCGGGAGAGGGUACAGGGAGUACCGCCUCGGGGACUACUCCACGUGGCUGCAGAGGAGGGUGGAGAACUCCGCGAACUGGGCCAAGAUCCGGAGCUGCCUCCAGGACGGCAAGGUCUGCGAGAAGCUUGGGGCCAGGCGCGAGACCAUGGACCAGUUCGUCGGCAGCAAUCUCUCCCCGAUUCAGUCUGGAUGCUGCAAGCCCCCAACAGGAUGCAACUUCGCCUACGUGAGCGAGACCGUCUGGACCAAACCUUCUGGCUUUAACUCUACCGAUGACCCGGACUGCACGACAUGGUCGAAUGAUCAGACCGCCCUGUGCUACGACUGCCAGUCAUGCAAAGCUGGUGUGCUCGCUAACCUGAAGAAUGACUGGAAGAAGAUUGCGACUGUCAACAUCAUCUUCCUGAUCUUCCUCAUCAUCGUCUACUCCGUUGGGUGCUGCGCUUUCAGGAACAACAGGCGGGACAACUCGUACCCGGCUUGGAAAUGAUCUGCAUUGGCGAUGUAUAGGUUCUUAGGUCGUGUUCGGUAAUGUUUAGCUCGCUCGCGUUUCAAGCAACCCUGUCGUAUAUCAUGCCUUACUGUUUUAUGCAUCAACCGCUGCUAGUUGAAGCAUGGUUGCUAUCUUGCCUACAUGAUGUAUGAAUUGAAGGCUUAUGAAAGAUAUGUUUGGUCAAAUUCCUUUGUGGCCUGGCGGCAUAGUUUAUUA